ACUUCAUACCAUAUAUGCAUUUUCAUUCUAAUUUUCCUUCCAAACAUAUUUGGUUUAAAUUCUCUCCUCAAUUUUAUUCUUUUUUUUCAUAUAUAUUUAAUAAAUUCUUUCUUUUUAUUAUUUACUCAUAAUAAAGACAUUUUAUACCAACAUCAUCAGCCUGGUGUUUUCUGCAUCCAGAGAGACCUGAGUCCUCUGGUGGCAGAAAAAAGCUUCAAGGUUUGAGUAGCAUGGAAAAUCACAUGACCCUUGAAAUCAUAGAACAAUCCUCUCCAGGAACACCACCACUAAUUAAGUUUAUAUCAUCAAAUGAAGUUGAUGGUUUUGAUGAUACUUUUCACUCUCAAUUUCCCAGCCCAAAUCGCAAAGAAACUGAAGCAGCCUCACCUACAUGCCAACAAGAUGAACCUUUAGUGAUAAAUCAUCAAAGAAAGGCUUCUGUUUCUAUAAGCAUGCCACUUACUUCUUCUGAAGAUAUUCAACUUCAGCCACUAAAAUCCAAUAAGAAAGUUUUCUUUAGUGGAGAAACUAUUAUCAAAGAUAGUACUGUUCCUAUUACCUUUAAAGUACCACAAACUCAAAGUUCUGGUAAGCCUCCAAAACAAUCAAAAUGUUACUCUCAACCAAUGCCUCCAAAGGGUCAUAAUCAACCUGGAAUCAAAAUGUUUAGGGAUAAGAGAUUUGAUUCCUUUAAAACAUUUUCUGGUGCACUUGAGAGACAGUUAUCGAUUCUUCGCGGAAAGGAACAUGUUGGAGGGAAUUCACAAAAUGAUAACAACACUGCAAGGAACAUUGAUAGGGCUUUACCUGUUGAUAGGUAUUUUGAUGCAUUGGAAGGUCCUGAAUUAGAAACUCUUAAGUCUUCAGAAGAGAUAAUGCUACCUCAUGACAAGAAAUGGCCGUUUCUUCUUCGGUUUCCCAUUUCAUCGUUCGGUAUAUGCCUCGGAGUUAGCAGCCAAGCAAUACUAUGGAAAACAUUAGCAACAUCUCCUUCAACAACAUUUCUUCACAUAAGUCCCAAAAUAAAUCUAAUCUUAUGGUGCAUCUCAAUGGUACUUGUUGCUACCGUUUUUACAGUCUAUCUUCUCAAAAUCAUUUUCUACUUCGAAGCUGUUCGUCGGGAAUACUACCAUCCGAUUCGUGUUAACUUCUUCUUCGCGCCAUGGAUAGCUCUCUUGUUUUUAGCACUUGGUGUUCCACCAUCUGUUAUAGAAAACCUCCAUCAUUCUCUAUGGUACAUUCUAAUGGUACCAGUGUUUUUCCUUGAGCUGAAGAUUUACGGACAGUGGAUGUCGGGCGGACAAAGGAGGCUGUCAAAGGUAGCAAACCCUUCAAAUCAUUUAUCAAUUGUUGGAAAUUUUGUAGGUGCAUUACUUGGUGCAACUAUGGGACUAAAAGAAGGGCCUAUUUUCUUCUUUGCUAUUGGACUUGCUCAUUACAUUGUGUUGUUUGUGACUCUUUAUCAAAGACUUCCAACUAAUGAGACAUUACCUAAAGAGUUGCAUCCUGUGUUCUUUCUGUUUGUGGCUGCACCUAGUGUUGCUUCAAUGGCUUGGGCUAAGAUUCAAGGUUCCUUUGAUAAUGGAUCAAGGAUUGCUUAUUUCAUUGCAAUUUUCCUUUAUUUCUCACUGGCUGUCAGGAUCAAUUUCUUCAGAGGAUUCAAAUUCUCUCUUGCAUGGUGGGCUUAUACUUUUCCAAUGACAGGUGCAGCAAUAGCAACCAUAAGAUACUCAAACCAAGUCCCAAAUAGUGUUACUAGGACACUUUGUGUUGUGUUGGCUCUCAUCUCCACAUUCACAGUCACAACACUUUUUGCAUCAACUAUAUUGCAUGCAUUUGUGUUUAGAGACCUUUUCCCUAAUGACAUUGCCAUUGCAAUAAGUGAUAGAAAGAGGAAACCACAUAAGAACUGGUUAGGUUUUAGAUAUGGAAGUCAAGACUCUAAAGAGAUUGAAAAUUACUUGAAGUUUGUCAACACUGAGGAAAAUAGUUUGGAUGAUUCUAAAACACCACCAUCCUCUGGUGGCACAGAUAAUUCACCAUUCUAAGGAUAUUUGUUGGCAGGUUUCUUAAAAAAGGAUCCACGACGAUCUGGGUUGUGACAUCAGGGUUUUUGAUGUCUCAGCGUAUGAUCUCAAUUCUCCACGAUAUCAAAGAUCAUGAUGCAAAUCUUGUUUUGUUGGUAUGCCAAUAUACGGAUAUUUGUUGGUGGAUUUUAAAAAAAAAGGGUCCACGACGAUUUGGGUUGCAACAUCAGGGUUUUUGAUGUCUUAGCACGUGAUCUUAAUUCUCUACGAUAUCAAGGAUCGUGAUGCAAAUAUUGUUUUGUUGGUAUGAAAUAGUCAAUUAUAAAGUCAUUUAUAAAAGACAAGAAAUUUUUUGUGUGUUGCAUGUAAUAAAAUAAUCUUUAAGUAGUCAAGCAUGUGAGGAACAAAAGUAGGAGAGUAAUUUUUUUAAUGUUCCAAUGACCAUGUGUAGUAAUAUAAGUAGAAUAUGAAGGUAUGUGUAGGGUGAGUAUAUUGUUGAAGUAAAUAUUUCCUUCCUACUUUGUAAGAUAUAAGUGAGGUGUUAAUAUAAUUGAGUAGAUAAUCGUAUUAUCCUUUGAGGCAAAAGAAA